UUUUCAGCGAUCCUUUUGCUGCACACCAUGAAUAUAUGCGGCAGAUGAUGAGAAGCUUUUCUGAUCCUUUUGGACGAGAUCCAUUUCUCAGUAUAACAGAUGGUGGGGAGAGAACAGUAGAUCGAAGAGCACGCCAGGACUCUCAGGUUGCUCUAAGAGGAAAUCACAGACAGGAUGCAGAUUUUGGGGAACCUUUUUUUGCAAUGGACAGGAUGAUGUCAAAUAUGAGAAACAGUAUGCUGGAAAUGCAAAGAAAAUUUGAUGACCUGUCCAUCCAUCCAGAUGCACACACAUUCAGCUCCUCCUCUGUGAUGACAUACUCCAAAAUAGGGGAUGAACCACCAAAAGUUUUCCAAGCUUCAGCUCAGACACGCACAGCUCCAGGAGGUGUUAAGGAGACAAGAAAAGCACUUAAGGAUUCUGAAAGUGGACUGGAAAAAAUGGCUAUUGGUCAUCAUAUUCACGAUCGUGCCCAUGUCAUUAAAAAGUCAAAGAACAGCAAGACUGGUGAUGAAGAAAUGAACCAAGAAUUCAUCAACCUGGAUGAAACUGAGGCCCAGACCUUUGAUGAAGAGUGGCAGAAAGAGAUUAUGAAGUUCAAGCCAUCUAGAACUAGAUCCACUUUAGAAGCUCCAAAAUACAGAAGUAUUCAUCACAUACCCAAGGAAGUAAGGAGAGAGAAACCACUUGCGCUUGCAGGUUCCAGGGAGCCCAGAGUUUCUUUGGAGAAUCUCAAUGUGAAAGGAACACAUGUCCCCAUCAAAAGCAGCAAAAAAUAAAUUGCUUCCAUUCUCCAUUUGAAUGGAGUUUCUUCAGAGAACAUAAUGGUGCUGCAUUGCUUAUGUUAUAAGUAUACACACAUAUAUGACCAAUUUCUGUUCUUUGUUUUAGUAAGUAUUAGCGUGGCUUGCUACUCCCAUCUCUUGACAACUUUAUGUUCUUUAAAAUUUCAGACCCUUGGUUAAACCAUCUAGUUUCAGUAAGUUAAAAAACCAGCAACUUUCCAACUUUCCACUUAAAAGCACUUUAAUGGAUUAUCACUAAUUCUGUUUAAAAAAAUUUUAAAAAAAGCUUUCAUUUGCAAGAUUUUUUUCUGCUACAACUGCACCAGUCUCAGUUACAAGACUUUUUAUUAAGCCUUGUAAUGCAACUACUUUUUCCCACACUCUGUAACUUGCGCAGAAAGUAAAUUAUCUUUUUAUUUUGUGUGGCUGAAAUAAUUAUUAAUUUUCUAGGUGCUACUGCAAUUAAUAGAAAUUAAAUAGCCAUUAUAUAUAAUCUUGCUUUAAAAUCAUACUGUAAAUUGUUACACGAUCCCGAGAUUCACCUUGCUUUAACAUGACGUAAAGUGAGAGGAAAUACUAAAAUGGCAGAUACUUCAAACAAAUUUUAGUUUAUUAGCGUUGUUAUGUUCAUAAGCUGUGCUUGCAUCUCUUAUUUUCUGUGCCUAGACUGUCAAUUUUGUAUUUUUUGAUCCUUUGGAUAUUUCCUUUGGAGGUGGCCCAUUAUUUUUCAUUCUUGAAGAUUCUCUGUAGUAGCUUUUAAUUAUUCUGUAAUAAUACCACUGUGUCCUCAAACUCAGCUGUAACUAUUAAUCAGAAAAAUAUGUGGGAGACAUUGGUUGAGUAGGCAGUAGUUUAACUGGAUAACAAAUGAUUACACCAUUCUGCUCUAAAAAGCUAGAAGAGCCCUGCAUACAGGAAACCAUUUCCCCCCUUAGCUGAGAUUUGUUCGUAUUCUUUUGUGUCCUGUUUUUAGUGGAUGUAGAACGAUCUGAAAUCCAACACUUGAUCUCCCGUGUUGUUGUUGUUGUUUGGUUAAAGAGUCUGGUGUGCUAGAGAAGCCAAUUGUGUGACUGAGAACAGGAAAGGUCUUUGUUUUAGAAGCGUUAAGUUUGUAUGCUGUUUUGUUAUGCAGAAUUGAUCCCCAUGUCAUAGUGUAAGUGAUUUCUGUAGACUGUAACACUAGCAUUAGCACUAUAGCGUAUAUUUCAAGGCUAAAACAUAAUAGUGCAGCCUUAAAAAAAAAAAA